UAUUUAUAACGUCCUAAAAAAAUAAACGUUAUACAUACGAUUGCAUAGUUCAAUCUAUUUUUGUCAAUGCGUGAAAAUUGUGGAGGGAAUGACACGUAACCAUGUAAACGGUCAUGCUCUCGCCUAGUCAUAGCUGCCCGUACCCCUGCCCGAAUUUCCCAACAUCUAACGCCAUUCUCACCGUAUUCCACAAUUCCCUCCACUCUCUCUCUCUCUCUCUCUCGCAGCAACAUCGAGAAUCGAAGCUUGAAACUGUCGUAUUGUGCUAAAAAGGAAGAGUUUACUUCAAUUUUGGAUUCUCCUCGAAGCUAGCUGAAGCAGAGGAUAGUGGAUAUAUAGUUGAGGAUAAUAGAAGAACGAAAUCUAUUGUGUUGAUAUAUGGCGGUGGAGUAUGAGUGUUGCGAGUAUCAGUUCUUCUUGCACAUAGGGAUCAUUGCGUUUUUGGUUUUGUUUGCUGGUUUGAUGUCUGGACUUACUUUGGGGCUAAUGUCUUUGAGUCUCGUUGAUCUUGAAGUUCUUGCCAAAUCUGGUACUCCGAAAGAUCGUAAAUAUGCAGAGAAGAUAUUACCAGUGGUCAGAAAACAGCAUUUACUACUUUGCACUCUUCUGAUUUGCAAUGCUGCUGCAAUGGAGGCACUUCCUAUUUUUCUCGAUUCUCUAGUGACAGCUUGGGGUGCUAUCCUCAUUUCAGUGACAUUAAUACUUCUGUUUGGUGAGAUCAUACCUCAAUCUGUUUGUACUAGAUAUGGACUUGCUAUUGGCGCAUCUGUAGCUCCAUUUGUUCGUGUUCUUGUUUGGGUCUGCUUUCCUGUUGCGUAUCCAAUAAGCAAGCUUCUAGACUAUCUCUUGGGUCAUGAACACGUUGCUCUUUUCCGAAGAGCCGAGUUAAAGACACUUGUCAAUUUACAUGGUAACGAGGCUGGAAAGGGAGGUGAAUUGACACAUGAUGAGACAACAAUAAUUGCAGGAGCGCUUGAACUCACAGAAAAGACAGCAAGUGAUGCAAUGACUCCUAUAUCUGAAACUUUUUCAGUUGAUAUAAAUGCCAAACUUGAUAGGGAUUUAAUGAAUAUAAUCCUGGAAAAAGGGCAUAGCAGAGUACCUAUCUAUUACGAACAACCUACCAACAUAAUUGGACUUGUUCUGGUCAAAAAUUUGUUGACCAUCCAUCCGGAAGAUGAAGUACCUAUAAAAAGCGUCGCAAUACGCCGGAUUCCAAAGGUUCCGGAAACUCUUCCAUUGUAUGAUAUCUUAAAUGAGUUUCAAAAAGGUCAUAGUCAUAUGGCAGUUGUUGUGAGACAAUGUAGCAAGACCUCAGAGAAGGUGGGCCCCACAAGUCCUUUGCCUGAUGCGAAGAAGGAAGUGCGGAUAGACGUUGAUCGAGAGAAUAGCUUGAGGGCAAAAAGGUCAUUUCAGAAAUGGAAGAGUUUCCCGAACAAUGGGAACAAUUCUAAUAGAGGUGGGUAUAGGAGUAAGAAGUGGAGUAAAGAUAUGUAUUCAGAUAUUUUGGAGAUAGAAGGAAAACCACUUCCGAAACUUCCUGAAGAAGAAGAAGCUGUUGGGAUAAUAACAAUGGAAGAUGUCAUCGAAGAAUUACUUCAGGAGGAGAUAUUUGAUGAAACUGAUCAUCAUUUUGAGGACUCAUAACAUUUGUUUUGGUUGAAGUUGUCACAUAGAUGUUGUUUUAGUUUAAACACGGCUAAACUUGAAAAUGUACAUAAACAAUCUUGUUUUUAUUUAUUUAUAUUUUAAUGUCAAUGGAAUCUUUUUGAUUUGGGGUUUAUUUGAUGAACUAGACGAAUACCUGCAUUUUGAGCAAAAUACAAC